AUGGGUUUCAAAAGGCAAGCACUAUCCCUGGUUCUCUUGUCCCUCUUGACAUUCUCUUGGGCCAAAAAAUCUCCACAGGAGGUUACUGGUGGGAAAAUUGCCAUCUACUGGGGCCAAAACAAAGAUGAAGGAACCUUGACUGCCACAUGUGACACUGGAAACUACGACAUUGUCCUCCUAUCCUUCUUGAACAAGUUCGGUUGUCGCAGAACCCCAUCAGGGAACUUCGAUUGCCAUUGUGGUAAUGACUGGAGCACUUGUGAAGAACUAGCCCCCGAAAUAAAGCACUGCCAGGAGAAAGGUGUGAAAGUGUUCCUUUCACUUGGAGGACCUUCAGGGGAUUACUCCCUCUGCUCAUCCUCGGAUGCAGUAGUGGUUGCCAACUACCUCUAUGGUAACUUCCUCAGCGGUGAAUCUGGUCCACUAGGAAAAGUAACCUUGGAUGGCAUUGAUUUUGACAUUCAAAAAGGCUCAAACCUUUAUUGGGAUUGCCUUGCCAAGGAACUACAGUCUUUCAAAGACCAAAACCAGAACUUUUACUUGUCUGCAGCCCCACGAUGUUUUAUCCCAGAUUACCACCUUAACCAAGCUAUCAAAAAAGGGUAUUUCGAUUACAUAUUUGUUAAGUUCUACAAUAGCCCUUCAUGCCAAUAUACAUCUGGUGGCAUUACUACUUUCCUUUUAUCUUCAUGGAAUGCGUGGACCAGUUUUGUUCCAUCUAAUAGCUUGGUAUUCUUGGGAUUACCAGCAGCACCGGCCGUAGCUCCUCUCGGUGGUUAUGUAGCACCACAAGUUGUUACUUCUGAUAUACUUCCCUACAUCAUGAAUUCUUCCAACUAUGGAGGAAUUGUGAUAUGGGACAGAUCCCUUGAUAAUCAAACUCAAUUCACCCAAAAAAUCAAGGAUCAAGCUAAGAAAAUGGUGGUUUUGCCCUCUGGAAAAGCAAUUUAUUAG